CAACCACAUGGCCGUCACAUCACCCGCCUCCCAACGUGUCGACCUCCUGGUGGGUAUCGCAUACACAUAUUCCACUGUAUGAGCCUCAGCCUUUUCAAGCAUGGGCAACAUAGAAGACCACCGGAUCGAUCACCACACCUCUGUCGAAAUGAAGGAUCAUCUAUGGGCCAGACGAAUUGGUUCUAUCAACUUUACGGGUCCAGCUCACGUACUCCAUCUUCCCGGGUUGACACCUUCGUCGAGACCAUAUCCGACUUCCCGGGCCUGUGAUGGACACGGAGACCUGCCCACGGAUUCGGCUACCCCUGAGCUCUGUCUUCUGCGUUGUCCUUCGACACCCAUGUCGAUUCCCCAACAUUGGCAACCCAAAUCAUCCAAUCGCCGUCAACCCCCCCAAUCUCAGCUGCACAGCCAUCAACAUAUGUCGAACAUAUGUGAUGUGCCAUGUGCAGUUCUACCAGUGAACAUCGCUUCAUGUCUGUUCACUGCUAGACAGUCAGAAGGAAAAUCCUUUAGGCAGAACUUCUUUCUUGCCAGAUUGAGCCACUCGGUUCAUCGACUUGCCCAUUAUCAAGUUCGACUCGUCUCAGUACGCACCAAUUAUUCUGGCUCUGGAGUUUGGCCCAAACACGACCACAGUCCAACAGCUCUUCACACCCCUAGUCAUAUGUCCGUUAGCGCCGACAUAGCCACUGGCCACUCCGAGGCCAACUUGAAGCCACCCUCAAUGUGACCCGGUUGGCAAUGGCAGGUGGCAACAUGGUGCUUACUGCCGCGCACCUUCGCCGGCCUGCUCACUGCUGCAGGCCUAGCAUCCAAUGAAGGCCUGGCUCGGGUAUCUGAUGGG